ACCCCUCCAUAUAGUCGGAUGAAUAUAUACCCGAUCUCCUUCUCUUAUUAGUUCUAAGACGCUCAUCCUCUCCGGCCGGCUUCCUCCUUGACACUGUCGUUGUACUUGCUUAUUAAUAUACAAUCGGUCGUGCAUCGUGUGCAUCUAUGGCCAUUGUCGAGUCACAGGUUGAAACUGCGAAGACAGAUCUGCCGGAGGACGCAACUGAGGAAUCGACCAAGGUGGUUGCCGAUGGUAAUGAGGUCGGGCUGAAAGCCGCCACCCCUCAGGCCAAAGAGCCGAAGGAGGAAAUGGCCGCAGCCAAUACCAAAGUCGAGACUAUAGAUAAGACAACUGCUACAGAGGAGACGGAGAAGAAUGACAAGGAGAUCACGCCACCUCCGGAGGAUGAAUCACCUGUGGAAGCUGCCGUUCAAGAGAUAGCAUCGGAGUCAGUGCCGGGGGAAACAUUCCUGCAGGCUGAACCUGCCGAGAAACAGUCUGUUGAGACGAAAGAUCAAGCUAAGAUCGAGGCUGCGGAAGUGAUCGUGACCUCUCCCGAGGCUUUGGUUACAGUGGAAGCUGAAGUUACUGCAAAAGCUGACGUGGAAGCCAAAGCUGUGGAAGUCAAGGAAGAGGAGAGAGCCGUUGAAACGACCGAGAAAGUUACCGAAGCAGAAGUAGCAGUGAAAGUUGAGGCCAAGGCGAUUGGCAAAGCUGAUGAGGAGGGACUCAAGGAGGAGGAGAAAUUAGCAGAGACGGCAAAUGAAGUUCUUGCAAUAAAAACCGAGUGAAACUAAUACGAGAUAAAUGGACGACGUUUCGCCUAAUUUACAAUAAUCUUUAGGAUUUCAUGUGAUCUCGAUCAUAUAAUAAUAUUAGUAGUACGUAUAGGUAUAAUCCUUCUCUACAAUGUACGUAACGUAGUCUAUCGUGUGAAGUGUAAUGCGGGCUUGAAGAUCAGUUGAUGAUCAUGGAUUAUCCUUUUUUCCUUUCUAA